AAUGUUUCUAAGAAACAAGAUUUAGAUUUUAAGAUUAAAAAAGAGGCUUCUAAGAUUCAACAGGCUUUUAAAGAGAAAAAAAAAGUGAAAGAUACGUUGUUAGUCAAGAAAAAAAUAUCAACACCUUCUAAAAUAACCGUUCUUUCGAAAAAAAGCAUUUUGAAAAUUUCCAAUAGCGCUAUACCAAAAACUUCCAUAGCAAACAAUUUAACAUCUGGAAGGGGACUUUGCUAUUAUUAUACUAAAUUUGGUCAUUGCCAGCGUCCUAAUUGCCCUUUUGUGCAUGAUAUCUCGAAGAUCGCCGUUUGUUUAAAAUUUAUUAAAGGAAAGUGUUUACUUUCAAAGGACCAAUGUCCCCUCUCGCACUCGUUAAUCAGCGAUCGGAUGCCUCAUUGUCUGCAUUUCAAUAAAGGCCGAUGCUCAGCCGACAAGUGCCCUUACCUCCACGUGAAAGUUGACCCGCACAGCCCCAUUUGCGAGGCUUUUGCCAGCGGUUACUGCCCAGGUGGGCGCUUGUGUAGAAAGCGGCAUCUUAUAUUUUGCCCUGAUUUUAAUAAUAACCAACGAACUUGCCCGCGGGGGAAAAAGUGCCGUUUGAUUCACUACACGAAACCCUUGGGAAAGCAACAGGAUAAAGCAUUACCCGCGGAGGCUCUCGACGAUUAUAUUCCUGUAGAGUUUCCCGAGGUUGAAGAAGAAGAGGAGCACCUUGUAAACUUUCAAACGGUUCCAGACUUUAGCGGGAAUAUUUGCUUAAAGGGCUACAACGCUUACGACCCUCCAGCGGAUGAGCGGCUCUGCAUUUUUACGGAGUGACUGUCCUAACUUCGACACUGUUAACGG